CGGUACUUCCCGGACAAUGCUUUGUACCCAUUCGUCGUGCUUAGCUCCAUAUAGUGAGGGUAGCUGUGGCGGUCGAGUAUUUCAUCCUCGAGCCCCCUCGGCCCAGAGUCGUCUGCGGCGACCAUGAAGCAGUACCGGUCUUGGAAACCAAUCUCAGUCGUCGGCGCUCCGAGCUGUAUCGUUCCGCAUUGACCGCAAUGACCCUUCUACCCUUCAUGUUUCGUCCGGUGCAGGCCGUUGCCAGGGUGAGAUGCAUAGCCACGCUUGCCACGGCAGUCCCUGCUCCUUCGGCCGGACCGCCCCCGCCAAUCUUCCAUGCUUCAGCUGGUUCGGCCGCAAGCACGAUGCCUCCCGGGUUCGUAGCAGCGGUCGGGCAGCUGGAGACGUUCAUCUUGCCAGAGACUGUCACCGGCUCGGUCAGCGACGUGGCCAUGGGUCGGUCGCUCAUCGCGGCUUGGCAGCGCGACGGCAUCCUCCAAGUCGCCAUGAGCCCGCUGCAAAGGCGUCUUUAUGAAGCUGCCAAUGCCCAGAGCAGGCGUUUCUUCGGGAGACCGCAAGCCGAAAAGCAGGCUUGUGUCGAUUCGCGGAGCUACUCUGGGUACGUUGCCUCGGGAGAAGAGAUCACCGACGGCAUCGCCGACUACUCGGAGAUCUUCACCGUUACCAAAGACCUCGCCGCACGAGACCCAAGGGUGCGGAAUCGCUGGCCAUGCCACGGUCCAUGCCCUUGGCCGGACCGCGAGAUGAAGCGCGCCGUCAGUCGCUACAUUGCCGAUUUAGGCACGGCCGGCCAGAGGCUGCUGCAGCUGAUCGAGCUGGGACUCCAAGUCCCCGCCGGUUCGCUGACGCAAUAUACCAACGAUGGCUGGCAUCAUAUGCGCGUGUUGCGGUUUCCGGCCCGGCACAAGACCAACGGGAAGGGCAAGGCCGGCCGCGGCAUAGGGUCUCACACAGACUAUGGACUCGUAGUGAUGGCGGCUCAAGAUGACGUUGGAGGCCUCUUUGUGCGACCACCGCAGGGCGAGAGUUUUGCCAACUGGCAGCAGAGCGCCGCCGGCAUCAAGGAGGAUGACGCCGGAUGGCUGUAUGUGCCGCCGACACCCGGUGUCUUUACCGUUUUCCCAGGUCAGUGUUUCAGGUCUCAUCGUCGGCCAUCGCUGACUGUCCAAGGCGACAUGCUGCAGUACAUGACCAACAACGUGCUGCUGUCGACGCCACACAAGGUCGGGCUCAACACGCGGGAGCGGUUCGCCUUUGCCUACUUUCACGAGCCCAACUUUCGCUCGGUUGUCAAGCCGCUGCCAGGGUACAACGCCAGCCAGGCACCCGUCGAGGGCAUCCACUACGGCACCCACUUCACCAACAUGUGCCUGCGUAACUACCCAGACCGCGUGACGACGAAGCGGCUGGCGGCGGAGGGCCGGUACCAAAUGCUGAGCGAGUCCCGGCUCCGGUCAGGAUGAGGCAUUAUCCGGUGGGGGCCAGUAGCAGCAUGGUUCGAUCUGUAGCGUUUGCGCUUGUUUGUCAUGUAAAUCGAUGCGUCCA